AUGGGAGAUCCAUUGUUCUCUCUGUCAUCUUCUUUACCCGAGAGACUCUUGAAGUCCACAGCUGCACACCAUAAUUACACCGCCAUAUCAGAGUUUAGGGUACUCAACAGAAAACUUUUGAAGGAUUGCCCCGACCCGAACCCGUAUCUGCAAAUAACUACAAGCUCCAUUAACAAGCUUUCUGAUGAAGGAUAUAUAACCGUAAAUGUUACAGGAGUUUUACUCCCUUCAACUACUGAUUGGGUUGCAAUGAUUUCACCGUCUCAUGUGAAUGUCGCAGCCUGUUUAGAUAAUUCGCUUCUCUAUGUGCAGACAGGAGAUUUUAGCAUUCUUCCACUUCUCUGCCAUUAUCCUGUUAAGGCUCAGUAUGUAAGAAAUGAUCCAGAUUACUUGAGUUGCAAGAAGAAGGAAUGCAAGAAAAAAGUGAAUGGGAAAUGCGUGUUGAGUACAUGUGGUGCAACUUUGUCAUUUCAUGUCAUUAAUAUUCGAACUGAUAUCGAAUUUGUGCUGUUUUCUGGUGGAUUUCUUACGCCUUGCAUUUUGAGAAGAUCUCAGCCUCUCACUUUUGCCAAUCCAAACAAGCCUUUAUAUGGACAUAUAUCAAGCACCGAUUCAACAUCAAAAUCGAUGAGAGUAACGUGGGUGAGUGGAAAUCAACAGUCCCAACUUGUUCAAUAUGGAAAUGGAAAAUCAGCAACCUCACUUGUUUCUACAUUUUCACAAAGUGAUAUGUGCAAUACUUCCUACUUACAAAGUCCUGCCAAGGAUUUUGGGUGGCAUGACCCUGGCUACAUUCAUUCAGCAGUAAUGACAGGACUCAACCCUUCGACCAAGUACUCCUACAGAUAUGGAAGUGAUUCAAGUGGAUGGAGCAAUUGGACAACAUUCAAAACACCACCUGCUGGUGGAUCAGAUGAACUUAAAUUUCUUGCAUUUGGAGACAUGGGCAAGGCUCCUCGUGAUAAUUCUACUGAACACUACAUACAGCCAGGAUCAUUAUCAGUCAUCGAAGCUAUGGCCGAAGAACUGUCAUCUGGUGGGGUCGACUCGAUAUUUCACAUUGGAGACAUAAGCUAUGCCACUGGUUUUCUAGUAGAAUGGGAUUUUUUCCUUCACCAAAUCAGCCCAGUUGCCUCUAAAGUUUCUUAUAUGACUGCAAUUGGGAACCAUGAGAGGGAUUAUGAAGACUCCGGCUCGGUUUAUUUUACUCCAGACUCUGGCGGAGAGUGUGGGGUACCUUACGAGACAUAUUUUCCAAUGCCAACAGUUGCAAAGGAUAAGCCAUGGUAUUCCAUAGAGCAAGGGAGUGUUCACUUUACGGUAAUUUCAACCGAGCAUAAUUGGACACAAAACGCAGAACAGUAUGAAUGGAUGAAAAAGGACAUGGCCACAGUUGAUCGAUCAAGAACUCCAUGGUUAAUAUUCACAGGGCACAGGCCCAUGUAUUCCUCCAAUAAAGGAACCAUUCUGCCAAGUGUCGACAACAAAUUUGUCCAAGCCAUGGAGCCAUUGCUACUAGCCAACGAGGUUGAUCUGGUUCUGUUUGGCCAUGUUCACAACUAUGAAAGAACCUGUGCUGUUUAUAAGAAUCAGUGCAAAGCAAUGCCUGAGAAAGAUACGAAUGGAACUGAUACAUAUGAUAAUACUGGGUAUAGUGCACCAGUUCAUGCAGUUAUUGGAAUGGCUGGUUUUAGCUUGGAUGAGUUCUCCACUAAUGGGAAUCCAUGGAGUUUGGUUAGGAUUUCCGAGUUUGGAUACACAAGAGUUCAUGCAACAAAGAAAGAGCUAAAAGUUGAGUAUGUAAACGCAAACACAAGAAAGGUUGAAGACAACUUCCGAAUUAUCAGAAGUUGA